GGGAGGCGGGGCGAGCCGCCCACGUGACCCCGGCGCGCCCGUCUCCGGGAGCCACUGGGCGGCACCGCGGACCAACCACGCUCUGCCGGGACCUUCGAACCAAGUCUCAUUAAUCUUGUAUUUCACAAACGCGUUGAAGUCCUUGUUGAAGUCCCUGCUCAGAGCCUCUCACAGCGGAGUUUUUGGAUGUCUUUGGGAGGAGAGACAACAUGAAGACGAAAUAAAACACCUCACAGAGUGGUCUCCAUGUAGGAGCUCAUUGUUCCUGACUCUCUCCUGUGACAAAGGACAGAAGGGAGUGGCCUUUUCCUCAUUUCCAGCUCCUUCUUACUGUGAGUGUGAGGUGAGCUGAUUAACAGGCUGUGUGGACUCCUUUGAAGGCACAUUCUGGGACUCCUCAACAUAUUGUCACCUGAGAAAACAACACAGAUCCCUAUCAGGACCAGGACCAAAUGGCUGCUUCUCAGGAACCGUUGACCUUCAUGGAUGUGGCCAUAGAUUUCUCUCAGGAGGAGUGGGAAUGCCUGGACCCAGUUCAGCGGAAAUUGUACAUGGAUGUGAUGUUGGAGAACUAUAGCAACCUGGCCUCCCUGGCUAUACCACCUAAAGAUAACCAGGCCUUUAUGCCAAAGCCCGGAAUACAAGAUUUAUUCUCUGAAAUAAUACUCAGUACACAUAAUGGAAAUAGCAUUUAUCAAUGGAUCGAACAUUGGAAAAACUUUAAGCAAGAGUCACAUCUCAGUCAUCAUUCAAUUGAGCUUGCACAGGACCAUUAUAAAAGUGGAGAAGUCUUGGACCAAAUGUCCAAUCACAAUAUACUUCAGGUUAUUCCUAUUGUGAAGAAGACACACAAAAGAAGUAAAUGUGUCCAGUCUUUUCAGCAAUCAUCAAAUUACAAUGAACAAGAGCAUAUUCAUACUGGAGAGAAGCCUUACAAAUGUAAAGCAUGUGGCAAAGCCUUUAAGUGUCAUUCAUCUCUCAUUGUUCAUAAGGGAAGAAUUCAUACUAUUGCAAAAUUUUACAAACUCACGGCAAAUGGAAAAGGCUUUAGUCAGUCCUCAAGACAUACUCAGCAUCAUAGAAAUAAUACGGGAGAAAAGUCUUAUAAAUGUUCAGAAUGUGGCAAAGCCUUUACCCAGCACUCAACCCUUAGUAUUCAUCUGAGAAUUCACACUGGAGAGAAACCUUAUGAAUGUAAUGAAUCUGGCAAAGCCUCUAGACGGUCCUCACACCUUACUUAUCAUCAGAGAGUUCACACACGAAAGAAGCCUUAUAAAUGUAGAGAUUGUGGCAAAGCCUGUUGUAGCUUCUCAGAUCUUACUAAGCAUCAGAGAGUUCAUACUGGCGAGAAGCCUUAUAAAUGUAGAGAAUGUGGCAAAGUCUUUAGAUGGCCCUCAAACCUUACAACCCAUGAGAGAGUUCAUACUGGACAGAAGCCUUAUAAAUGUAGAGAAUGUGGCAAAGCUUUUAUUGAUUCCUCCAACCUGAAAAAUCAUCAAAUUGUUCAUACUGGAGAAAAGCCUUAUAAAUGUAGAGAAUGUGGCAAAGCAUUCAGUACGUCCGCAAAACUUAAUCAUCAUCACAGAGUUCAUACUGGCGAGAAACCUUAUAAAUGUAGAGAAUGUGACAAAGUCUUUAGCUGGCUCUCAAACCUUAUUACCCAUCAGAGAGUUCAUACUGGACAGAAGCCUUAUAAAUGUAGAGAAUGUGGCAAAGCUUUUAUCGAUCCCUCCAACCUUAAAAGUCAUCAGACUGUUCAUACUGGAGAAAAGCCUUAUAAAUGUAGAGAAUGUGGCAAAGCAUUCAGUACGUCCACAAAACUUAAUCAACAUCACAGAGUUCAUACUGGAGAGAAACCUUAUAAAUGUAGAGAAUGUAGCAAAGUCUUUAGCCAUUCCUUCACCCUUAAUCGUCAUCAGAGAGUUCAUACUGGAGAGAAGCCUCAUAAAUGUAGAGAAUGUGGCAAAGCCUUUAGAAGUCCCUACUCCCUUAAUAUACAUCAGAGAGUUCAUACUGGAGAGAAGCCUUAUAAAUGUAGAGAAUGUGGCAAAGCCUUCAGUGAGUCCUCAACACUUAAUCGCCACCAGAAAAUUCAUACUGGAGAUAAGGCUUAUAAAUGUAGAAAAUGUGGCAAAGCCUUUAGAUGGUCCUCAAAUCUUACUGCGCAUCAGAGAGUUCAUGCUGGAGAGAAGCCACAUGAAUGAAGAGAAUGUGCCACAUCCAUUGGCAGCUCCUCAAACCUUACUGCACAUCAGAGAGGUCAUACUGGAGAGGAGCCUUAUGAAUGUAAAAAUGGAACAAAGCUUUUCAUCAGUGUUCCUGCCUUAUUGUACAGCAGAGCUCAUACUUGAGAGAAGUAUUACAAAUAGGAGGAGUGUCAUAAGUCCUUGACCAGCAGUGAGAACUUACUGAACAUUACAGAAUUCUGCCUGGGAACAAGCCUUAUGAAUGUGAAAUAUGUAGUAAAGUCUUUAAAACCCGUUCAUGUAUUACUGUACAUGAGAGACUUCAUGCUGAAGAGAAAUCUUUCAAAUGUAGAGCAUGUGCAAGAUCCUGUACCUGUAGCCCAAAAUUUACUGGAUAUCAGAGACUUUUAUAGUGGAGGAAAGCCUUACCCUAUAGAAAAUGUGAGAAAGCACUGGCUGGCUUGCCUCCGUGGUUUAGCUUGGAUGUAUGAACCAGGAGGCCAGGGUGCCAUUCCUGGUCAGGGCACAGGCCCCGGAUGGGGACUCAAUUCCAGGUAUGGCUCUUGCAGGUGCCAGCUGAUUAGUGAUUCCCUCUCAUCAUUGAUGUUUCUAUAGCCCCCUCUCUUUUCCUCUCUGUGCUAUAACAAUGCCAUCUAAACCUCUUCCUCCUCCACAUCAGCCCUUCAGGCCCCUAUAGCUUCUGUUCAGUAGCUUGGAAUUUUAUUAAUGCUAUAACUGACAUCAGAAUUUGGUAGAUAUAUUGCUUUAUAUUCAUGAAGUAGGAAGCCCACCAUUCAAUUUUUAUGCUGGAUUCUAAAGUUUUGAAUGUUAUUAAUUUUUGGAAUAUGAUAAAUUGGCUUCUGUGUACUUUAUAAAAGAAUAAAUAAAAAAAAGGUCAGGGAGGCUGUUUUAGAAUAAAAGAGACUAAAGAGUUUUAACAAUCAAAUGUAAUGUAUGGACUGUAAUUAUAUUUUAGUCCAAAAGAAAAAAAUCUUUACAAAUUAUAUUGAGGACAAAAGAUAAAAUUUAAAUUUGAACUGGAUAUUGUGAUAUUAGGGGAUUAAUGCUAAUUUUCCUAAGAGUGAUAAUACUUUUGUGGUUAUGCAAGCAUGUUUAGGAGGUACAUGCUCAAGUUUUCAGAGGUGAAGUGUAAGCAUAUGAUGUCUGCAACUAAUUUUCAAGUUAUUAAAAAACAACUAAAUAUAUUUAACAAUGUUAACAUUUUAAAAUGUUAACUGUUGAAACUCAGUGGUGACUGUGUGGGUAUUCUUUUGUAUUAUUCUUCAACUUUUCUGUAUAUUUUGUAAUAAGUUAAAAAAGGAGAGAAGGGGGCUAUUUAACCUACUGUUCCAAAUACUCAACUAUAAAACUAUUUUUUCUUUUAUAAUGUAUUAAUAUGGAAGCCUCUGCUGCUUCACAAAGUAUUCUGUAGGACACAUUGGUCUAAGGUAGGCUCUUAGUACAUUUAAGAAAUAUAGAAUAAUAAUAAAGAUUUCAGUGAAGAAGGAAAUCUUAAAAAAAUUCAAAAUACACUUAAAAAUCUCCAUCCAGCUAGCUGAGGAAAUGUUUACUGUAUCAUUUGCAAGGAAGCCUCUCUAAGGAGUUUCAAGCUUAACAGUGGAGUGACUUCACUGGCUAGAUGAAUGAAGGUUGCAGGUUGCAAAGUGGCUCUUGAAUGUCCAGUAUCCAAAUCUUUUCUCUUAGUGUAACCUCAUGGAUGAUGGCAUAGGCUAAAUUUUCAAUCACCUGUAUCCUUUGGUCCUUACUUAGAGCACUUUCAGAAAGAGAGAAAAAUAAAAAUGUAUAGGCAUUUGACACUUCCCAUUAUGGAUGAAGUUAUAAGGACACCUAAUAGUUUCCUGUGGCGGUAAAUUUGAUGUGCUAAUUUGGACUACAGAUGCCCAGGUAUUUGAUUAAAUGUUAUUCCUGGGUGUGCCUGGAGGGUGUUGAUGGGAGAGAUUUGUAUUUGAACAGAGACUGAGUAAAUCAGAUUGCCCUCCCCAGUUUGAGAGACUGAAUAAAAGCAAAGGUGGAGGGAGAGGUACUCUCUUACUGACUACUGAACUGGGCAGAGGACCUGAACAGACACUUCUCCCAAGACAUACAAAUGGCCAACAGAUAUAUGAAAAGAUGCUCAACUUCACUAGCUUAUUAGGGAAAUGCAAAUCAAAACUACAAGAUACGAUCUCACACCUGUUAGAAUGGCUAUUCUCAACAAGCCAAGAAUAACAAGUGCAGAGGUUGUGAAGAAAAAGGAACCCUAUUCAUUGCUGAUAUGAAUGUAAACUGGUACAGCCACCAUGGAAACCAAUAUGGAGUUUCAAGCCUAACGAAUAUUUCUUUUUGUAAAUCUUCUGUCCAUAUGCCGAACUCAUAUGAUGAAUUAUUCAAUAAAUAUGUGUUGAAUGCCUA